AUGCACAUCAAGUUCUUAGAUCCCUCUCAAAACAAACUCAUCGGUCCUUUGACAAACCUUCCUAAUGGGGGGAAAGUUCAAGUGUCUGGAUAUGCAUUUUACCCGAGAUUAUUUCUCCAAGAUAACUUUUUCAAUGGGUCGAUUCCAAGGUCAUUGUGUAGAUGGAAAGAUUUGGUCAUUCUUGAUCUUUCCAAAAAUAGGUUAACUGGAAAAAUUCCCAAGUGUCUUGUGAAUCUGCAAAAGUUGGAGGGCAUGAGAUUUAGCUUAAAUAAGUUGUCUGGUGUCAUCCCCGGAUCUAUAGCUCUUUUUUCUUCAUCAUUGUUUGGGUUAAAAUUGAAUGACAAUAAGUUUACUGGUAAACUUCCAAGAGAAUUGGGGGAUUUACCAGGUUUAACUAUCUUAGAUUUGGGUGAUAAUGAAUUCUUUGGGCAUAUACCGGAAUGGAUUGGAGAAAAACUUCAAGAUUUGAUGGUUUUAAGGUUGCGUGGGAAUAACUUCAUGGGUUGA